UUGAGGGGCGGCAGGAUUCCUCUCUGACAUGAGCAGCAGCGCCCGGGCUUGGCCGCCGCCGCCGCCGCACUCCUUGCUGGUGCUUCAGCAGCUGUCAAAGGGAUAAGAGCGGGACACGGGGAAAGGCCGGGCGGACUGGGUGGAGGCAGUAAGAGCAGGUUAGUCACCAGAAGUCUUACAGAGAAUAAACUGAUCACCUUGCAGAAUACCAUCAAUGAGAAAAGAAGUGUAACCUCUGCUCAGACAUGAGCAGUGCUAGUAACUCACUGGCACGUGAAUUUUUGUCAGAUGUCAGCCAACUUUGCAAUACAGUGGACCAAAGGGUGGAAGCCAGGGAGGAGGAAGAAGAGAAAACACACAUAGCAGCACUUGGACAAUACCUUGUUCAAGGUCGUGGAUUCAUUUUACUUACUAAACUUAAUUCCAUAAUUGAUCAGGAGCUGACCUGUCGAGAAGAUCUCCUUACUCUCCUCCUGUCACUUCUGCCUCUAGUAUGGAAAAUACCUGUAGAAGAAGAAAAGGCAAUAGAUUUCGUUCUGCCCUUCUCCAUCGAGAUAUGCUUGACCAAAGAGACAACUCUGGGUUCUCUCAAAUCUACUCAGGAAAAACAGACCCCAGAAGAAAAUUCUCAUCCGUCCACUCAGGCACCUGUAAAAUCAAAUUCUUCUUCCUGGAGAAGUCGACAUCAGCGCAAAACGACCCAUCGCUAUUCUGUGAGGGAUGCAAGGAAAUCCCAGUUAUCCACUUCUGAUUCAGAAGGCAAUUCAGAUGAGAAGACUUCUGCAGUGCUGAAGCACACACGGUCCCGGGUUUUGCAGCCUUUUCUAAGCAAUCUGCCUAAGGAGCAAUAUAUGACAAGUAGAAGUACAUUUCUAGAAGCGGAAGAGGCCCAGAGUUGUAGGGUCGAUACUGAUGAUUCCAAACAGAUCAUUCCAGUUCAAGAAAUCAGUUCUCAGGCAUCAGAUGAGGCAGCUGCUUCAUCUGCAAGCUGCCUAGAUAAUUCUUCUUUUGACUUGUGUCAUGUUUUAUUGUCCUUGCUAGAUAAGCUGUGUAAGUUUGAUAUUGCAUCGAACCACAAGUCUGCAUUGGCAGCCAAUGUGGUAUCCACACUAACAGAACUUUUGUUCAAACUUGGAGAUUGUUACAGUGCAGGUGCUGCUGCUGAAAAUGAAGUAGUUUCUUCAAGCUGGACAGGAGAACCUGUUGCUCUGAUUCAGAGGAUGCUAUUUCGGACAGUGUUGCGUCUUAUGGCUAUGGAUGUUAACAAUGCUGAGACUAUGCCUGUCAAUUUGAGAAAAAACCUUAUUGAUUUACUUAAAGCAGCUUUAACAGCUAAAUGUUUGCUGGAAAAACCAUAUCAUUCUUUCUUUUCAAGACAACAUGGAGCUUUACAGAAGGAGAUCCAGGGUGACCUUGCUUUCUCAAGAUAUCGCCACCGGGCCCUGCUUUUGCCAGAGUUCAUAGAAGGAGUUUUGCAAAUCCUGAUUUGCUGCCUUCAGAGUGCAGCUUCCAAUCCUAUUUAUUUUAGUCAAGCAAUGGAUCUGGUCCAUGAGUUCAUACAAUACCAGGGAUUCAAACUGUUUGAGGAUACCAUACGCCAGCUGGAAUGGCUUGUUGCAAGGGACACUGAGGUUAACACAGAGGUGCCAGAGUAUCUCAAAGCCCUCAUCAACAGCAUUAUGAAAAUAAUCAGUACUAUAAAAAAAGUGAAGUCAGAGCAACUUCACCAGUCUGUGUGUACAAGAAAACGACACAGGCGGUGUGAAUAUUCUCACUUCAUGCAUCAUCACCGAGACCUCUCAGGGCUGCCAGUUUCUAGUUUUAAAAACCAGGUCUCUAAGAACCCAUUUGAAGAAUCAGCAGAUGGGGAAGUUCAUUACCCUGACCGGUGUUGCUGCAUUGCAGUUUGUGCUCACCAGUGCCUGCGAUUGCUGGAACAGCUUUCCCUUGGUAGCACAUGUUUUCAGAUCCUAUCUGGCAUCCAUAAUGUGGGCAUAUGUUGUUGUAUGGAUCCCAGGUCUGUAAUUAUCCCCUUACUUCAUUCUUUUAAGUCACCUGUAUUAAAAAACUUUCAGUCACAUAUAUUAAGCAUUCUUAAUAAAUUUAUAUUGGACCAACUUGGAGGAGCACAAGUUUCUCAAAAACUGACGCAGGCCUCCUGCAAUAUUUGUACCAUUGACUGUGACCAGCUUGCUGAAUUAGAUGAUGUCCUCCAUGGCAAUGCUUCUGAUGUUAUUUCUGCUUUAAGUUCAACUCCGUAUAGGUUUCAAGGAAUUUUGCCUAGUCGAGGGUCUGAAGAUAUGUUGUUGAAGUGGGAUGUCUUGGAGGCAUAUCAGAGCCUUGUUUUUGAAGGAGAUGACAAACUGCACUGUAUGCAGAUAGCUAGCCAUGUGUGCAAUUUGAUUCAAAAAGGUAAUGAGGUUAUUCAGUGGAAACUGUACAAUUAUAUAUUCAGCCCAGUGCUCCAGAGAGGUGUUGAACUGGCUCAUCAGGGCCAGCAACAAGGUGUUUCUGCAGCUUUCAGCCAAACAGACAGCUACCACAAGAAAUGUUUGCCUCAGGAAGUGCUUCAGAUCUAUUUACAGACUCUGCCUUCAUUGCUUAAGUCCAGAAUAAUACGGGAGUUGUUCUUAAGCUGCAAUGGAAUAAAUCAAAUGACUGAGCUAAAUUACUUGGACUGCAUAAGAAGUUACACCUUGAAAGUAUUUGAGACAUUAAUAUUUUGCCUUGGUGACCAGCAGACAGAUCAGUUGAUGCCAGAUCUCGAUGGCUUAGAUGACGAGCAGAAGAAGUCUGUGUUAGAGCUUGGUGUUUUGGUUCAGAGCAAACAAGCCACUUCGGAUGUGCCUCAAAGCUUAAGCAAGUUUUAUGCUGGACUUAAAGAAGUUUACCCAAAGAAGAAGAAAUCACUCAGUCAAGAUGUUCACAUCAACAUGAUAAACAUAUUUCUCUGUGUUGCUUUUCUGUGUGUCAGUAAGGAAGCAGAUGCUGAUCGAGAUUCGGCUAAUGAUUCUGAAGAUACUUCAGGUUAUGACAGUACUGCUAGUGAACCUCUGAGCCACAAACUACCAUGCUUGUCUCCAGAGAGUUUGUCUUUACCUUCCUUGGAACAUAUCCACAGGGCAGCAGACAUUUGGUCCAUGUGUCACUGGAUCUAUUUGUGUAGUUCAGUUUUCCAAAGACAGUUCCAUAGGCUUGGUGGUUUUGAGGUAUGCCAUAGAUUAAUUGCCAUGAUAAUCCAGAAACUUGCCAUAAAUAGAGCCAUGGUGCAAGGAGAGCAGGAGAAAUGUGCUGAGGCUUUUUUUGAAAAAAAAUCAGAUGAGUUUAUAUUGAGCAAUGAGAGAGGCCAGUCAGAUCAUGAUAGUCUUGAUGAAAACCUUGGCAGCAUAGAGCAAGAAUGGCUUUCAUGUGAACAUUCAGCUGCAGAACAACCAUCCGCUGAUAGCACCGUGAAGUCAAAAAAAGCGAGAAUCCAAGAAAAUGAGUGGUCACCCCAGGGUAUAAGACUUCUGGAAGCUCUUUUGGCAAUUUGUUUACACAGUGCAAAUAAUUUCCAGCAGAAGACAGAAAUGGAGUCCAUUCCUGAGAAUGUUUCUGUUGAAGAUAUAUUACUUGAAAUGCGAGAUCAACUUGCAAAAUCUAGAAUAAUGGAAACUGAUUUGGUGAAGCCUUUAUUUGAUUCUUUACUCCGAGUUGCCUUGGGAACCUAUUUUGCUGAUCUGGAUCAUCCUGAAGAAAAAAAAGAAAAGAUCCUUCAAUCUGAAAAGGAGCUUGCACCUCAGCCUGGAGAUAUCUCUGAAGAAGCAGAAGACGCACAGUGCUGUAACUUUAAUUUUUUUGCUGAAGAAGAAGACUAUGAUGCAGAUAGUGAAAGCAAUCCUGAUGACAGUGAAAGCAAGGACGAAGGAACAGACAUUAAGAGAGAAAAAGGAGGCUUUGGUUAUUCCAGCUUUCCCAGUGAUCUAGCUGAACAUCUUAUUCAAGGGGAAUUAAUAUACCCUGAAAUCUUCAUGUUGGAAUUGCAUUUACUUUCUGCUGGCAGCCCAAGUCUGGAUGUGCUUACUCAUGUCUUCCAGAGUUUCUUGAAAGUGAUAAGGAUGAAGGGAAAAAAUGCAACAUUGCUUAUACAGCAGGGAGUUGUGAAGAGCCUUUUGGGAGGAUUCCUCCAUAUACUGACACAGACUGAUUCCAGUUUUCAUGCUUGCCAGGAGGUAUUGGUGGAUCUUCUGGUAUCUCUGAUGAGCUCAAGAACAUGUUCAGAAGAGCUAACUCUUCUCCUAAGGAUUUUUUUGGAGAAAACACCAUCAAUGAGCACACUGCUUAAAGGAAUUCUGAAGAUUUUGGAGGCGAAUACUGAAAUGAGACCUUUACAACAUAUCUCAUUUCCUUUGCACCAUACACUCUGUUUAGGAAGCAGCCCUACCCAAAAAUCCACCCUCCCUUUCAACAGCAAGACAACAGGACUGCCAAGACGAUCAAAGUUUGGCCAAACAAAGAAAGAACCGGACAGUGAGAGUCUGCCUCACCGCCUUCUUUCUUCUUGGCACAUUGCUCCCAUCCAUUUGCCUUUAGUUGGUCAAAACUGUUGGCCACAUAUGUCUGAAGGCUUCAGCAUCUCCCUUUGGUUUUGUGUGGAAUGUGUUCCUGAAGUAGACAGUUCUCUGGAGAAAGUGAAAAGAAUGAAAAGGCAGAGCAAAUCACUAAUGUCACGUGACAGCAGUUUUGAUGAUACAGAAGAAAGCAAACUUGGAGUUGAUUACCUCAGUCUGGGUGACAAACUUCUUGAAGAUGGAUGUCUUCAUAUAUUUUCAUUGGGCUCCAAAGCAUUGAUGAUUCAAGUAUGGACAAAUGUCAACACUGGAGCUUUCAUAUUUCGCAUGUGUAUGGAUCCAAAUGAUGAAAUGAAGGCUGGUCUACUAGCACAAGCGGAAACAACAGAGAACACUUUCUCCAUAGGCAAGUGGCAGCAUUUGGCAUUAACAUACCAGCAGCAGCCAGAAAGCAAGAAAAAUAUCCAUGGAACACUUACAUUGUGGAUUUCUGGUCAGAGAAGAUCUGAUAUUAAUUUAGAUUAUACACUCCCAAGAAAAACAAGCUUAUCAUCUGACAGCAAUAAGACCUUCUGUAUGAUUGGCCAUUGUACAUCAUCCCAUGAUGAAUUACUGCAGUUAGCUGGGAGAUGGGACCUGGGAAAUCUGCUUCUUUUCAAUGGUGCAAAAAUUGGACCAGAAGAAGCAUUUUAUCUCUAUGCUUGUGGACCGGACUUCACCUCUGUCAUGCCUUGUAAAUAUGGCAGAUCAAUAACAGAUUAUUCCAAAUACAUAGAUAAAGAGAUUCUGCAAUGUGAACAGAUUAGAGAAAUGUUAAUGACAAAGAAAGAAGUGGACACUGGACCUUUAAUUGAAAGCCUUGCUGCUGUUUAUGCCACUUGCUGUCCUGCUCAAUACACAAUCUAUGAGCCAGUAAUCAGACUCAAAGGUCAAGUGAAAACUGUUCCUUCUCAACGACCUUUCAGUUCAAAAGAAGUACAAAGCAAUUUACCAGAUCCUCAUUACCUGAAAGUGCUACAGCCUUUAGAAUAUAAAGGUCUUCAGGGCAUACUGCAUGAGAUUGGUGGAACUGGAUCAUUUGUCUUCCUAUUUGCCAGGGUAGUAGAGAUCAGCAACUGUGAAGAAACUCAAGCUUUAGCUCUAAAAGUUAUCCUUGCCUUAACAAAACACAAUCAACAGAGAAUACAUGAACUAGAAAAUUGCCACAGCUAUUCGAUGAUUCAUCAGGUGUUGAUAAAGCCCAAGUGUAUUGUUGGAUUUCACAUACUGCAGACUCUCCUUGCAGGAUGUUGCAGUGAGAAGAUGGUUCAUCUGACUGAGAAUGGGCAAGUUGUCCUUGAUGUAGAGUCCAGAGCCAUAAUCCAAGAUGUUAAAUUGUUGGAAGAGUUGCUACUUGAUUGGAAGAUAUGGUCCAAAUCCCAGCAAGGUGUUUGGGAAAUGCUCUUAUCAGCUCUGGAAAUACUUAUCCAAGAUAAUCAUUGGCAGCAGAUGUUUAACAUUAAGCAACUUCUCAAAGCUCGGAUUGUGCAUCAUUUCCUACGGAUGUGUCAGGUUCUGCAGGAGCACAAAGACGAACAUCUCACAUCUAUGCCUACAGAGGUUUGCACAUCGUAUGUGAAAAUAAUUGAAGAAGUGCUUGGAUCUCCACCAGACCUGGAAUUGCUGACACUGAUUUUCAAUUUCCUCUUAGCAGUUCACCCUGCUACAAAUACAUAUGUUUGUCACAAUCCUAGAGACUUCUACUUUUCCCUGCACAUAGAUGGCAAUAUUUUUCAAGAGAAGGUUCAAUCAAUCAUGUACUUGAGAAAUUCUAGCAGUGGUGGAAAAUCUGUUGAUAGCCCAGCUUUGGCUGUUACAUGUCCAACUGGAUUUUCUGCUACAUAUCAAGAUGGAACAUAUUCUUCCGAAAUAAUUGGAUCACAUGCAGUAGUUUCUCAAGCAACCAGACGGCUCUGUAAAAGCCUACCAGCAUCUCCUACUGCUUCUCCAGAAGCACAUCAAAAAGGGUUCAGUGGGACUCUGGGCAGGAGUGUUGAAAACAUCCCUGUAGUGAGAGAGACAGACCUAUCUGAGCUGCUGCAAAAAAAUAACUUUGUAAAGAACUUGGAAGCCAUAAAAAGGAGGCAAGAGGAACAUUUAAUUAGCAGUUGUGAGUCUGCAGAAACAGUUGUAGAGGUGAAAGAAUUAACUGAGACGUUAAAUAUUACAAAGCAAGAGACAGAAGUGUCAAACGAAACCCCUGAGGACCAAGGAGAAAGUGCAGAAGUGAAGCCCAGUGAAGACAGCACUGGUCCUGAAUCAUUUCUCAGGCGUCCUGACAACCUGAAGGGGUUGUCUCCCUUUCAGAGAAAUCUCAGCAAUUUUGCAGGCUUCGGAUUAGACUUUUCUCUCCAAAGUGGGUCUGCUAUUGCUCGGUGGCCAAGCCUGGCUGAUAAGGGUUUGCCUUCUGAAGACUGGGAACAUCUUGCUUUUUCAUCAUCUAGUGAACCGGCUCUUCAGGAACCUGAAAGUGCUGCUGAUAGGACAACAGAAGACUGUAUUGUACUUGUAUGCUGUGGCUUUUAUCAACUCUUGCGUAAAGUUCUUUUAAUUUUGCCGGAUAUCAUGCUUCCAGAUGUAAUGGAUAAGCUUAUUCAGCCAGAGAUUCUUAUAGUUCUUGUGAACCAUCCAUCUGCUCUCAUACAGCAAGGAGUUAUUAAACUCUUGGACACAUAUUUCAACAGAGCAACCAAGGAACAAAAGGAGAAAUUCUUGAAGAAUCGAGGUUUUUCCUUAUUAGCUAACCAGUUGUACCUUCACCAAGGAACUCAAGAACUUGUGGAAUGUUUUAUGGAAAUGCUGUUUGGUCAAUCAGUUGGCCUUGAUGAAGACUUUGACCUAGAAGAUGUGAAAAAUGCCGGACUUUUUCAGAAAUGGUGUGUGAUUCCUGUUCUGGGCCUUAUAGAGAAUUCCCUCUAUGAUAGCAUCCUGCUGCAUAAUUCCCUCUGUUUUCUGCUACAAAUCAUACGUUCCUGCUCUAAAAUGACGGACAUGCUGCUGGAUAAUGGCUUGUUGUAUGUACUGUGUAAUACUUUAGCAGCACUUAAUGGGUUAGAAACUAGCAUCCUCUCAGAUGACUAUAGGCUACUUGUGUGUGAUAUACAGCAGUUACUUGUAGCAGUGACCAUCCAUGCCUGCAGUUCUUCAGGUCCCCAGUAUUUUCGCAUUAUUGAAGAUCUUAUGGUAUUAUUGGGACAUCUUCAGAACAGCAAGAAUGAAAUAACAAAAAAUAUGGCAAUUGCUUUGCAGUUCAGAGUCCUGCAAGCAGCUGUUGAGUUUAUAAAAACUGCAGGAAAUCAAGACUCUGAAGAAUUGAGCAGUUCAUUCAAUUUACCUGUUACACAUCACCAGGCAAUAUUUCAAAAACGCAAAAGCAUUGCUGCUUCUAGAAAAUUUUCUCUUGCUCAGUCGGACACAUUGCUAACAAGAAUGAGUACAAUUACAAGUGAUGAACUCAGUUUUAUGGCAAAACGGAGACUGAGUCAAGAUAAUCCUGUUCGUGCGACUGAAGCAGAGCUUAUACAAAGAUUACAGAGAAUUGCUGUUCUGGCAACCAAUAGAUUCAUUUAUCAAGAGCUUUCUGAAAAUUUCCUUGAUAUGAUGGAGGGCCCAGUUGAAAGCAAACUUUCAGUUUCACAAUUGGAAGAGCCUGAAAAGGAGGACCAACAAGAGAUGCCAAACCACAGAAAUAUUUUCAUGAAAGAAAUGUUUAAAAUAAUGACUGAAGGAAUGGCAUUGUCAGCUGGUACAAGCAAAAUAAGCACCUCAAGACAACAAUGGAAGAGAAUUAUUUUAUCCUGUAAAGAUACAUUUCGAGUGCAGCUUGGAAGAUUGCUUGUGUAUGCUGUGUCCCCGGUACGCUCCUUGCAGGAAAGAAAGAAAGCUUUGGACAUCUUAGCUGAAAUUAACCACCAGGACAUUUUGCGAGACUGUCUAAAUCCAACUUUGCAACAUGGGCCCAAGUUGUCACUCUACUUGUUUGAAUUAAUCCAUAAUUACAAGGAUGAAUUAACCAAUGAAGAACAAUCAUCGGUGGAAGUAUUUAUGAAUGCAUUAAAACGUUGUGGUUAUAAAUAUAUCCCUCUUGAUGCAUCAACAAAGCCAGACCUCAUAAAAGCUAUGAAAGAGGAUCAAAAGAAAUAUGAGGCAGAAGAAAAUGUGAAUAAAGCUGCUUGGGAGAAGACAAUGUCUAAUAACCGUCAAACUCUGUUUCAGCGCCUGGAUACAAAGUCCAAGGAUAUUUCUAAAAUAGCUGGCGAUAUCACCCAGGCUGUCUCUCUGUCUCAGGGAAUGGAAAGAAAGAAGGUGAUUCAGCACAUCAGAGGAAUGUAUAAAACAGACUUAAGUGCUAGCAGACACUGGCAGGAGCUUAUUCAGCAGCUUACGCAUGAUAGAGCUCUCUGGUAUGACCCUGCAUCCUACCCAACGUCUUGGCAAUUAGAUCCAACAGAAGGGCCUAAUAGAGAGAGGCGCCGUUUGCAGAGAUGCUACUUAACUAUUCCAAAUAAGUAUCUUCUCAAAGACAGACAGAAACCAGAAGAGGUGAUUAAUCCCCCUCUGGCAUAUCUGUUUGAAGACAAAACACAUUCAUCUCACUCUUCUACUGUAAAAGACAAAGCUGCCAGUGAGCAUAUAAGAGUUAAUCGAAGAUGCAUAAAUGUGGCACCAUCUAGAGAGACUCCUGGUGAAUUGCUAUUAGGUAAAUGUGGCAUGUACUUUGUGGAAGAUAAUGCUUCUGACACAAUUGAACAUUCAAGUUUUCAUGGAGAAACUGAACCAGCAUCAUUUUCUUGGACAUUUGAAGAAAUCAAAGAAGUACACAGGCGUUGGUGGCAAUUAAGAGACAAUGCUGUGGAAAUAUUUUUAACCAAUGGCAGAACUCUACUAUUAGCUUUUGACAAUACAAAGGUGCGUGAUGAUGUGCACCACAACAUCCUAACAAACAACCUCCCUAAUCUCUUGGAGUAUGGCAACAUUACUGCAUUAACGCACCUGUGGUACACAGGACAAAUCACUAAUUUUGAAUACCUCACUCACUUAAACAAACAUGCGGGCCGUUCCUUCAAUGAUCUCAUGCAGUACCCAGUAUUUCCUUUUAUACUUUCUGACUAUACUAGUGAAACACUGGACCUAUAUGAUCCAUCUGUUUAUAGAAAUCUGCUCAAACCGAUAGCUGUACAAUCAAAAGAAAAAGAAGAUCGUUAUGUGGACACUUACAAGUAUCUAGAAGAAGAAUAUCGAAAAGGAGCCAGAGAAGAUGACCCAAUGCCGCCUGUGCAGCCUUAUCACUAUGGAUCUCAUUACUCCAAUAGUGGAACAGUUCUUCACUUCCUUGUUAGAAUGCCUCCCUUCACAAAGAUGUUUUUAGCAUACCAGGAUCAAAGUUUUGAUAUUCCAGACAGAACAUUUCAUUCCACCAACACAACUUGGCGCCUUUCAUCAUAUGAAUCCAUGACUGAUGUGAAGGAGCUCAUCCCAGAAUUUUUCUAUCUUCCUGAGUUUUUAGUUAACAGAGAAGGAUUUGAUUUUGGUGUACGUCAGAAUGGCGAAAGAGUGAACCAUGUAAACCUCCCACCAUGGGCUCGAAAUGAUCCCAGGCUGUUUGUCCUGAUCCAUCGUCAAGCAUUAGAAUCUGAUCAUGUUUCCCAGACAAUCUGUCACUGGAUUGAUUUAGUAUUUGGGUAUAAGCAGAAGGGAAGGGCUUCAGUUCAAGCUAUCAAUGUCUUUCAUCCUGCUACCUACUUUGGAAUGGACGUGUCAGCUGUGGAAGACCCAGUUCAAAGAAGAGCACUAGAGACAAUGAUAAAGACAUAUGGACAAACCCCUCGCCAGCUGUUCCACACGGCACAUGUUAGCAGACCCGGAUCGAAACUCAUUAUGGAAGGAGAGCUUCCUGCUGCCAUGGGAUUAUUAGUGCAGUUUGCCUUCAGAGAAACAAAGGAGCAUACGAAAGAGAUUGCAUAUCCGAGUCCUUUAUCUUGGAUCAAAGGUUUAAAGUGGGGGGAAUAUGUAGGUUCCCCCAGUGCCCCAGAUCCUGUUGUUUGCUUCAGCCAGCCACACGGAGAAAGGUUUGGCUCCUUGCAGGCUCUGCCCACUAGAGCUAUCUGUGGUUUGUCCCGGAAGUUCUGCCUUCUGAUGAUAUAUAGCAAGGAGCAAGGCGUUAGAAGCAUGCACAGCACAGAUAUCCAGUGGUCUGCAAUUCUGAGUUGGGGUUAUGCUGACAAUAUCUUACGACUAAAGAGCAAGCAAAGUGAACCUCCAGUUAACUUUAUUCAAAGCUCACAGUUUCAUCGGGUGACCAGUUGUGCUUGGGUACCCGACAGUUGUCAACUUUUUACUGGCAGCAAAUGUGGUGUCAUCACAGCAUAUAUGAACCGAUUCACUAGUAGUACACCUUCUGAGAUUGAAAUGGAAUGGCAGGUGCAUUUGUAUGGCCAUACGGCAGAGAUCACCAGCUUGUUUGUCUGCAAGCCCUACAGUAUAAUGAUAAGUGUGAGCCAAGAUGGAACUUGCAUCAUAUGGGAUCUGAACAGGCUCUGCUACGUGCAAAGUCUUGCUGGGCACAAGAGUCCUGUAACAGCAGUAUCCGCUAGUGAAACAACGGGGGACAUCGCAACUGUUUGUGAUUCUGUUGGUGGUGGCAGUGAUCUCAGACUUUGGACCGUAAAUGGUGAUCUUGUGGGACAUGUGCACUGCAGAGAAAUUAUAUGCUCUGUUGCUUUCUCAAACCAGCCUGAAGGCGUCUCUAUCAAUGUGAUUGCUGGAGGGCUUGAAAAUGGAGUUGUGCGGCUGUGGAGCACAUGGGAUUUGAAACCUGUACGGGAGAUUACAUUUCCCAAAUCAAAUAAACCCAUUGUAAGCCUUACCUUUUCCUGUGACGGCCAUCACUUGUACACAGCAAACAAUGAAGGAACUGUGAUUGCCUGGUGCCGCAGAGACCAACAACGCUUCAAGCUCCCCAUGUUCUACUCAUUCCUUAGCAGCUAUGCAGCUGGCUGAUGACUCCUUGUGUUCCUUAUCCUUGCCUGUGGUUGAAGCACUUUUAGUCCAGAGCCGACCAUACAGCCUGUCUGGUUUAACUGGAUUUUGAAAUACAUUGAACAUCUUUAUGAUAAACGAGUGAGCAAGUGAAAGGCUGCUGUAUACGCUCAUGUACCAAAUGUACAAACCAUAUCAUGGUUCUACGAAAUUUCUAUUCUACAUUUUUUUUUUUGUAUCUUGAAAGUAGAUGGCUGCGCUAACCCAAAUGUUUAAAUGCUGCAAUAUAUAAUGUAAAAUAUUUUUACAGAUUAUUUGUGGAUAUAUGUAUUCUAAAUCCUGAAGCACUAGUGGUGACUUUUUCUCCUCUGUGAUGUAAAGAAAAAGAAUUAAAAUAUUUCAAAUGUUUAUUUAAAAAAGGUCAUUGUGUGCAAAUUAUUAGUAGAUUGUAGCAUCAUUUUGCUCUUGGAUAAAUACAAUUACAUCUAGUGUUUUAAAAAUCAAGAAUUCAAAAUUUCUCUUUGAAGAAGCAAAUUAACUGUAGGAGUUUCUGCACCAACACUUAAAUACUGGCAGUAUAAUUCUAUGAACUGUGAUAUUCGGUGCUCUUUAAUCCCUGCCUUUUUAUAUGGUUUUAAUGGGCAAAACCGAUGGGACAAUAUAAAGUAGUACAAAGGUGAUCUCUGAAAAUAAAUAAAGUAUUGUGUACACGUAAUCAAAGAGGGAGAA